AUGGCAAUGGAUGAAGUUCAAAUAGGAGCCAACAUUCAAGAAACCUGCAUAAACAACCUACGUUUUGCAGACGACAUCGUCUUAAUAGCAGAGACACCAGAUGAACUGCAUACACUUGUGGAUAAAAUCUACGAGGCAAGCUGUGUCCUGGGUCUCAAGGUGAACAUAGCAAAGACAGAAGUGCAAGGAAGUGCAAAAGGAAAGUGCAACCUUAACAUUGACAUAGCCAACGACAGACUAAAACAGGUGGAAGAUUUUGUGUACAUGGGGGGGAGCAGGAGAGCAGGGGCAGCUUUCCGAAGACUAAAGAACAUCUGUACAUCAACAAGCAUUAGUAGCCACACAAAGAUGCUACUGUAUCAAUCACUUAUCCUCUCAAUUCUGCUUUAUGGGGCAGAAUCCUGGACAGUUUGA